AUGCACGUAUGUCUUCCGCUGCUUACCCUUCUCUCUCUCGCCCUCUCCCUGACCCAUGCGCUUCCCGCCCCUCCGCCGUCACCCAAGACCAACGCAACCGUCCUCAUCCUCGGAGGCGGCGUGGCGGGUGUCACUGCCGCACGAACUCUCUCACAGCUGUCCCCGUCCACCUCCUUCCUUGUCAUCGAAGCGCGCGGGGAACUAGGUGGGCGACUGCAGUCGCACACGAUGGGCUCCUACACGGUUGAACGUGGCGCGAAUUGGGUGCACGGGACGCAGACGCGCGACUUCGAGCGGGUGAACCCGAUAUGGGAGAUGGUGAAGCGGUGGGGGGUCCGGACAAUGUAUAGUGACUACUACGGGAGCAUGACAACAUACGACGAAACUGGGCCUGCGCCCUUUCUGCCUCUCCUCAACGCCUCGCUCGCAGCUUAUGCGGCUCUCGUCACCCACGCUUGCCCUCCCGCUUCAUCUACCUCUUCGGAAUGUACCUCCGAUUCGUCAGCAAGAGAUGGCUACGAAUCGCUAGGCUUCCAUCCCGAGACACCGGCAGAGAAGGCGGUCGAGUAUUAUACUUUCGACUGGGAGUAUGCGGACCGCCCAGAGAAGACGAGCUGGUGGGCGAGCGGGCUGAGCAACAACCACACAUAUGAGCCCAGUGCGGGCGGGUUCUCCCCCACGAACCACCUUUCUGUCGACCCGCGCGGCUUCAAGCAUUUUAUCCUUGCCGAAGCGCAGUCUUUCCUCGACCCGGCGCAAGUCCGUCUAAACUCUAUGGUGAAGGAGAUCCGCCUGAAGGAUGAAAGAGUGGAAGUCGUGCUGGAGAGCGGGGAGGUGUUGACAGGCGAAUACGCUCUGUGUACGUUCUCACUCGGCGUGCUGCAAGCGGGCGAUGUGAGGUGGGACGAAAGGCUCAUCCCGCACGGUGGGUGGAAAGAGAAGGCGCUGGCGGGGAUGGACAUGGCAACGUUCACGAAGAUUUUUCUCCAGUUCGAAGAGAAGUUUUGGUUCGACACCGAGUUCGCUCUGUAUGCGGGUCAGGAGCGAGGGUAUUAUCCCGUAUGGCAGAGCCUCGACCACCCGAAGCUGUACCCCGGCUCGGGCAUCCUCUUUGUCACUGUUACUGGUGACUUCGCAAGGCGAGUGGACGCUAUGUCAGAGAAAGACGUGAAGAGGGAAGUCUUGGAGGUACUAGGACGAAUGUACCCGAACGUCACGAUUCCCGAGCCGAUCGCUUUCCACAUCCCGCACUGGCUCUCUGAUCCACUGUUCCGAGGCUCCUAUUCAAACUGGCCCGCCACCUUCACACGCUCGCAGCACGCCGCCCUGCGGGCAAAAGUCGGCGGGAAGAAGGGGAAAGUGUGGUUUGCGGGUGAGCAUACUAGCGAGCAGUGGUUCGGGUUCUUGCAUGGAGCAUACUAUGAGGGGCUAGCUGUUUCAGAGGAGAUGGUGAGGUGUAUACGUGGAUGGGAAGGAUGCAUAGAUGUCAGAUAUUUUGCAGAGGUUCUAUAG